UUCUGCGUUUUACAGGUGAAACGCGGAGAGAAACCCCCUAUUACUCAAAUCUCAUCAAUUUCACAAGAACAUGCGAGGCUAGAGAAACCCCAAUUACUCUAUUCUCCGAUUGAUCGCCCAUCCAGACGCCGAAUUCCUUCUCCGUUUCAAAUGGCUGAUCCUCCAAGCUUUUUUCUUUCCCGCCUUCUCUUCUUCUCCUUUCUGCAGCUUUCCAUCUUCUUGAAUUUCUCCUCCGCUUUCUCUCCCGUGGAUAAUUAUCUCGUCGAUUGUGGAUCCACCGCUCAGACCACCGUCGACAAUAGGCACUUCAUCGGCGAUUCGUCCAAGUCUGGAGAGGUAUACCUGUCUGCAGGUCGAACGAUCUCGCUCACAGAUCAAAACCCAUCUGUCGGUUCUUCGCCUCUUUACCACACGGCUAGGGUUUUCAGGAAACCCUCCACAUACGAGUUCGAGAUCAAGCAAAGGGGCACUCAUUUGGUACGUCUCCAUUUCCUUCCUUUCUCCUCGUCAAACUACAAUCUCUCCGAUGCUCGAUUCCAUGUUUCGGUUCACGAAUUCUUGCUAUUGAGAGAUUUUGGCUGUCACGACAAUAGCCCUGUUUUAAAAGAGUAUUUCAUCUGGGUUGAUAGUAGCCAACUUGUCAUCUCGUUUAUACCUUCAAAAGAAGCUCCGCUUGCCUUUGUUAAUGCAAUCGAAGUCAUUUCUGCGCCUGGGGAUCUUAUAGCAGACACCGCUCGACUCGUAAAUUGUGAGGGAGUUGACAAUUUUGAUGGCCUGACAAAACAGGCAAUGGAAACUGUUUACAGAGUCAACGUAGGAGGUCCCAAGGUUACGCCUUUUAACGAUUCCUUCUGGAGAACUUGGAUUCCUGAUGAUAGCUUCUUGAGAUUGAGCGCCGCUUCCAAAUCGAUUUAUUCCAGUGGCAGGAUUAAGUACCAGCCGGGAGGGGCAAGUCGUGAAGUUGCACCAGACAGCGUUUACAAUACUGCCCGUGUGAUGGGUGAUGCCAAUGUCUCCAGUCCCAAUUUUAACAUUACAUGGGAUUUCCCUGUGUCUGUUGGUUAUAAGUAUCUCGUUCGGAUGCAUUUCUGUGAUAUCUACAGUAUUUCUCUUUAUCUGCUCUAUUUCGAUGUUUACGUCAAUGGGCAUUUAGCUUAUAAAGAUUUGGAUCUCUCUUCCCUUACUGGAAUGCUGGCUUCUCCUUACUAUGCUGAUUUUGUUGUUGAUGCGGAUGCCUCGGGAGUUGUGACCAUAAGCAUAGGCCCGUCCAGCCUAAGUAGUCCAUCAACAACUAAUGCCAUCCUGAAUGGGGUGGAGAUCAUGAAGAUGAACAACUCAGCCGGUAGUCUUGAUGGAGAUUUCUCAGUGGGGUCUGUUUUGCAGAGUUGGCCACGAAGAAAAGUCGGUGUUCUGGUACCUUGUGUGGCUGCUAUGAGCUUGUUGAUAACUGCAUUUCUGGUUAUGUAUAGGAGGAUGACUGAACUCCAGGACUCUGUUGCAUGGUCACCUUUGCCAGUUGAUGUUCAGGAGGGCAAGCUGAACGGCAAGCGCUAGCCGUGAUAAGGUAAAAUGUAGAAAUUCCGAUGAUACGUGAAACGUCUGGGAUGUAGGAAUGACUUUGUCUUUAAAGCUGAAAGAGUUGUAUGUGAAUGUAGACUAUCUCCUCUUCGUGUAACUUGUAUCAAUAGAAUUUACACUUUCUAUCUUUUAUUUGGUAUUUUAAUCAUUGAGCUUUCCUGUUUAACGUUGAGUAUUUAUCACAGGAGCUCCUAUAUUGUAAUGUAUAGCAACUCAUGAACUUGGAGUAUGAAUUGCCAAUAUUUCUUCAGUCAGUUAUUGUAAUUCUA